CACACUAUGCAUGAUAAUUCUUGCUCUCUUUAGUUUAUGGUUAUUCAAUGACCCUAUUUUCUACGUGAUGAUUACAAUAAUGAUCCCUGAUAGCCUUAAUAAGCUUGUUCAAACCAUCGCAAGUAUUUAUUUCGUGGCAUGAUGGAUUGAAAUAUCAAGCGGAUGUCGAGCAUAAUUUCACGUCUAAUUUCCGUUGAAUUGGUCCAUAAACCCUUAAAUACGCCCAGGCUGACGAGGACGCCCAUACCGCCGUGUUUCUCGUCUACAGUUCCUGUUGCUGCAAGUUCUGUUUUUCGACCGAAAUCUCUUGUGUGGACGCCAUGGAACUUCGACUGUUCGUAACCGCCUUUCUGUUGGUGCUGGUCGCCUUUCACGUAUGUGCAGAGGAUGAGAAGAAAGAGGUGGAACGGGAAGUAGAAAAGAGAAUGGACGCCGGCUGGAUGGGGAAGAGGUUCGACGCUAGCGCCUUCGGGAAACGUCUGCUAGACAGAGGAGGGAAACGUCAGGAUGAGCUCGGUUGGCUGGGGAAGAGGUUCGACGCAAGCGCCUUCGGGAAAAGACAGGAUAAACGUCAGGAUGAGCUCGGUUGGCUGGGGAAGAGAAUGUCCGACCCGAGCGCCUUCGGCAAACGGCUGCUGGACAGAGGAGGGAAGCGAAUGGACGCCGGCUGGAUGGGGAAGCGUGACGACCCCCGCACGUCGUGCCGGACCCAGUACGACCCGACCACCGGCAGGUGGAAAUAUGUGUGUCCGUGAGUUGUCUUCGGAGAACCCCACAUUGUCGUUAUUCUGACGAGACAACCGGAGGGGCGAGGAAGAAGAGCUGCAGAAGGAAAUGGACGCGUUUUUCCGCCGCUUCGGGGGCCGGGAUCGUUAACUCCUCACGCGGGCAGCACGUCAUAGACACGGCAGGGUGGGGGUACCGGGGUAUCAUGUAUUAGUUAAUAUUUCUCUCUAAGCAGAGGUUGAUGGGGGAAGAUCGUUACUAAUAUCACCCGGGUUGUUUUUUGUCGCUACCCCCACCAACAAGCAUGAACCCUCUCUGGCCAAUGGAUACUGCCUGGCCAAUUUGAUAGUGGUCUUUUUGCCAUCCUAGGAUCUGCUUGGAGAUUCAUUCCUUAUCACUAGUUGGAAUAGAUUUCACCCGGCUGUCUUUAAUACAGUGUACAAUGGAUUAAGAUGUUGGUUACAUUUUGUAACUUCCAAGAUUGGUUAACCAGCAGUUGCAUGUGAAACUUACAUGAUAUGUAUAAGGUCUAACAGUAGGGUAAUAUUUAUUCCAUUUGUCUGUAAAAGUACCGAAGUAUUAUCGUAAGUACCGAUAUAUUAUCACAUUAACUUCAAUGCAUGAGGGAUGUCUGUACGACACAGCCUGUGUAAUGUACAACUUAUGACGUUUUCUGAGUGAAAGUGGACGUGGCAUCGGCAUGUGCAGGUCAAUGAUGUGCCGAAGGAGUCACUAGAAAUAAACACAAUCCAUUGAAAGUG